UUAUAGACUUCAUCCAAAUACUCUUCUCCUGUCCUUUUCCAUUUUUCCCUUUUCAACCUUGUCGGUUCAUUGAUUACCCAUCAAUAAUGUUAACCCCACUAAAAUUCACCAUUCUCUUCUAUACAUCUCUCAUCUUCUUUCACAUCUUCUCCCACGCUACCGACUUUCCACCCUGCAACCCCCAAGACAAAGCCGUCCUUCUCAAAGUCCGAGACCAUUUCGGCGGUACAACCGGCCGUCUUUCCGACUGGGACAACACCACCGACUGCUGCUCCGAUUGGAGUUUCGUCGGCUGCGGCACCACCGGAAAAUCUUACGGUCGUAUAGACACCGUAACUUUCAGCCGUUCUUGGGGACUUUCCGGCAGUAUCCCUUCAGACUUUGGUGAUCUUCCUUAUCUUAGUUUUUUUAUUUUAGCUGAUAAUAUUAAUGUCACUGGAAGUUUGCCUAAAUCAUUAGGGAAGCUUAAGAGAUUGUACCAUAUUGAAAUGGAUUCGAACAGUUUAAUUGGACCGAUUCCUAAAGAAUUGUUACAGUUAAAGAGUCUUAAAGAAGUUGAUCUGUCUAAUAAUAAAUUGUCCGGGCCGAUUCCGCCGGCGGUUUCUUCAUUGUCGUCGCUUACGCAGUUUAAUGUCUCGAAUAAUCAGCUUUGUGGGCCCAUUCCUAGUGGAUUGAAGAAGUUCGGUAAAACGAGUUUUGAUAAUAAUAAGUGUCUUUGUGGACCUCCUUUAACUCCUUGCAAGUGAUAUUGCCGGUUGUUAAAUACUUACUCCGCUCUUAAAUACUCCAUAUGUUAUAAUUAUUGGGACUACUCAUCGCUUUAGCUUAUUUUAUGUAUUCUUGGUAAUAUGUAAGAAAAAAAUUAAAAUGAAAUCUUAUUUAAAUCUUCAAGUCACAUACUUUUAUAAUAUUAAGUUUUUAUAAUUUUUAAAUAUGUAUUGUUCAAUUUAUAAAUAAUCAAUAUAACAUAUUAGAUCGCAAAAGGAGUUAAAUAUAACAACUAUGAUGGAACCGUGUAAGUAGUACUUUUGUAUUUAAUAGUUGCUAGAGUACUUUUGUAACAACUGUUUAUUAGUGAUUUUAUUUGACAUAUAUUAUACUUAA